AUGGAUUUGGAAUUUUCAACUGCUGUUGUUGUUAAUGUUGUUGUUAUUAAUGUUGUUGUUAAUGUUGUUGUUAUUAAUGUUGUUGUUAAUGUUGUUGUUAAUGUUGUUGUUAUUAAUGUUGUUGUUAGUAUUGUUGUUGUUGUUAUUAAUGUUGUUGUUAAUGUUGUUGUUAUUAAUGUUGUU